AUGUCAAGUGAAGUGACAAGAGCUGAAAACGAAUAUUCUAAAAAGACUCAUAUACAUUCUAUAUCUGAUAUUACAAACUUACAAGAAACCUUAAACAGUAAAAGUAACGUUGGACAUACACAUACCAUUGCAAAUAUUACAAACUUACAAGAAACCUUAAACAGGAAAAGUGCCGUUGGACAUACACAUACCAUUGCAAAUAUUACAAACUUACAAGAAACCUUAAACAGGAAAAGUGCCGUUGGACAUACACAUACAAGUUUUACAACUUUUACAGCAGAUGAUAUUACACUAAACACAACCUUGCCAAGUAAAGGUCCAACAAUACCACCGGCAACAAGUCUUGUAGAUACUUUGAUAUCUAAUGACAAUAGUAUUAUGCAUCUAAGACAGGAACUCAAUGUGCUUAAACAAAUUUUGCCGAAUCUUAUUUACCCGGUUGGCUCAUUAUAUGUUUCAAUGAACUCUACCAGACCAGAAGUAGUACUUGGUUUUGGAACUUGGACUCAAAUAGUCGACAGGUUUUUGUAUUGUGCAAACUCUUCAAAGGAAACAGGUGGAAGUAAAACGAUUUCAGGUGCAAAUUUACCUGCACACAGUCACUACAUAGAUUUAAGUACAUCUCAAGCAGGUUGGCAUAGUCAUAGAUAUGUUGGUUGGUCAAGAAUGACAAAAGGUAAAGGAUAUGAUGUUAAAGACGACGUUAAGUUUGCUAUAAAUUGUUACUGGGAUGACACUCAGGGAGAAGGAAACCAUACACAUUUCGUUUCAGGAUAUACGCAAACAACGGGACAAAGUAAAGAAUACAUGCCACCUUACAUGACAGUUUACGCAUGGUAUAGAAUUGCUUAG